AUGUCCAGCGGGAAGAAAACCAGGGUAAUUCUGCUAAAGAAUAAAACUGUUCCCAUUGAUAAAUACGAAUUGGAGUUUAGGAGUAAGGCAUUCGAACCAGUAUUCAUACCACUCAUUAGACAUACUCAUGUCACACAAGACUUUAAAAGUGUUUUGAACAGCAUUCCAAACUAUCUGGAUACGAUCGAUUACAUCAUCAUUACAUCUCAAAGGUCAGUCGAGUCUCUCAAUGAGGCAAUCAUUCCUUCGUUAACAAACGAACAAAAAGUUAAAUUAUUUAGUAAAACAGUUUAUACAGUGGGUCCCGCCACUGCUGAUUUCAUCAGAAGAUCAGGUUUCAUCAAUAUUAAAGGUGGAGAAGAUGCUGGCAACGGUUCAAUCCUCGCAGAUAUUAUCAUUAACGACCUAGCUACAAAUGUCGAUAAUCCACCGCCCAAUGAGCUCUUAUUUCUCGUUGGUGAAAUUAGGAGGGACAUCAUCCCAAAGAAAUUAUAUAGCAAGGGUAUAAAAGUAAGAGAAGUGGUUACUUACAAAACCGAAGAUUUGGAUGAUAGUCUCCCAAGAUUAUUGCAGGCUAUGACACCGCAUAAUGAAGCUGAAAUGCCUUUGAAUUGGAUCGUCGUUUUCAGUCCGCAAGGUACUAAGGAAAUCACUCAGUACUUAGGUGGUAAGGGUCAUCCAUUAAAUUCUAAGUUGCGAGUGGCAUCCAUUGGGCCUACUACUAAAAAAUACCUAGAUAAUAAUAAUAUAAUUUCCAAUGUUAUCAGUCCAAAACCGGAUGCCAGAUCAUUAUUAACUGCUAUUGAAUCAUACGAACGCCAUAUAUGA